CAUCUCAUUUGCGGCUGGGGCCAAUUUCUCCAUCUACAAACUCCGGUCGAAGGGAAAAAAAAAAAAUAUUGGAAGCGUUUUCUUUCGCACCUUUCCUUGCAUUUCCAACCGCUCAUUAGUUUCUUUGCGGUCGUUUUGAUCUCGAGUCGGUUCCCGGGCUUCGGUCGCACCCGGAGGCGUCGGCGUUCCUUGAAUAUUUUGUGCAGGAAGCUUUGCGGUCUUUGUUCAUUCAUUUGAUCGGUUGGGCUCCCCUUUGUUGGAACACACAAAAAAAAGCAUGGGAGCACAAAUCUCCAAAAGCGCUGCAAAAGGCGAGGCUACGGUCGAAAAUGCAGCAGAAGGUGCAGCUGUUGCAGCGAAGACAAAUGGGCAGGAGAACGGUCAUGCCAAGAGCAAUGGCGAUGCCUCUCCUGCUGCAGAAGAAGCCAACAAAGCUGACGUGCAGGCCAAUGGAAGCACCCCUACUGAGGAGGCGCCUAAAGAAGAGGCUGAGAAGGUAGAGGGUGCAGAGGCCAACGGAGAGAAAGAGUCAGCCGUUGCAAAUGGAGAGGGUUCUGCUAAGCCGGAGGAAGGCACCCCAUCCACCAGCGAAGAUGGCAAGCAGAAGAAAAAGCGCUUCUCUUUCAAGAAGCCCUCCUUCAAGCUUGGUGGCUUCUCCUUCAAGAAAACCAAGAAGGAGUCUGAAGAGGCGGCUGAGGAUGCAGCAGCAGCAGCGGGAGAGACAGCUGAAGGAGAGAAGCCGGCAGAGGAGGCAGCUACUGAAGAGGCCAAACCAGCCGAGGGUGGCGAGGAGAAUGAGGAGAAGAAGGAGGCGGCAGUGGCGACCAAGGAGCCCGCAGCUGAGGAGCCCAAGGCCGAAGAGGUGAAGGCAGAGGAAGCUGCUGCUGCGGCGGGAGAGGAGAAACCGGCUGAAGCCUCACCCACCGAGCCAGAGGCCGCAGCCAGUCCAGAGGCCACAGCGGCCGCUGAGUAAUCCUGCUUAAAAAAGAUGCCGAAAUGAAGGAGAAGAUGUAGCCUGUCUGAAGAAAUGCGAGGACUUGUCUAAAACCAGGGAUUUUGUUUUGUUUUGUUUUUUUGUUAACUACUCUGCAACCAUCUCAUCCAUAAUGACUGCAAUGUCCCUGGCGGUGAUGGACAGGAGGUGCAGUUAGAGAGUGUGCUGCUUCCUCACUGCUAAAUGGUGCUUGCAUUUUUGUCAUGGGUGAGUGUGAAAGUGCGACUGUGAGUGGGAUAUCUUUUUUUUAUAUAUAAUUUUUUUUUUUCGUAUAUGAUUUUCAUGACAUGUUGCUGAAUUUGACAUAUAUUUAAUCACAGUAUUUGGUGCUGAGCAACUGGAUGUAGCAGCUAAAGCUGUGUCUGCAAGAUCUGACACUUUGUGAUAUUUAAAGGGAAAUUCCUUAUCCAAGUCUUACAUGUUGUCUUUGCAGUGCACAGUUGUUUACAACUCUUAAGCUCGACGCUCCUGUGGACACAAACCAUUCCUGAACUAGUUUUAGUUAACUGUCAAAAAAAAAAAAUAGGUGCUCAUCACUUAGAUUUCCACCAUUUCAAUAAUUCUGUAGUAAUGCACGUUGUAUAGACUUUGAUAUUUCUGGUUUUAUGACUGAGAUGUACCUAAUGAUUGAAGUUUUUAACUGAUUACCCAUUGUAAAUGAAGUUUUCUUGUUUUUUCACCAUUUGUAAGAUUGAAUAAAAUUGGGAGAUGUUUUAAGCAGAUCUCGCAUCAAGCUGUGAUAACUACAACACCACCUUAAAUCUACACAAGAAAGCACACAAUGUCAGCGUUGGGAAUGCGGUCUUCAAACUGCAUUUCUGUCUGUAUAUAAUGAGGCUCAACUUACUCAAUAUGGAAUGUAACAUUGCCUACAAACUGGUUACAAGGUGUUUUAGUCUUUUCUGUGAGUUCUCUUGAAUAAAGCAGUCAAGUGUGAA